UAUCACCUUCAGUUCAUCACCUUGGAGCCCGUCUCUCUGUUCCUCCCUGUGCUGCUUCACACUGACAUGGUGUUUUACGUGCACACUGGUAAUCCUAAUUAUAUCUUUCCAACAAUAAUUAAAGCCUCCUAGUUGAUCCCCUGAAACAUAAUGAAAUCUCAUUUUAAGAUGACUUAAUAUCGAAUUAAAUCUUUAUUAUAUAUAAUAUUUUCUUGUUUGCUGUGAUUUUUGUUUGUUCUCAUGGCAAUGGAAGGGAUCGUGAAAUAGAACUUGCUGUUGCAGGCAGGGGAACAGUGACUUAUGUUAACGAGGAUAAAGAUGAAACAGAUGAGAUGGACGUCGGCCAUGGUGACGUUUACAGACUGGAACAGGGUACUGUCUUCUUUGUGCGAAGCCAUCCUGAUCCAACAAGAGAGAAGCUUAGAAUUCAUGCCAUAUUUGACACGGCAGGCAUUGAUCAUCCCUUGGGUUGUGCUGUCAGAGCCUACUCGAAUAUUAGUGACUUAGUUCAAGGCUUUGAUGAACGAGUUCUCCAGAUGGGCUUUGGGGCUUCUCUGGAAAGCAUCCGUGGUAUCAAAUGGGCUCCGUCCCCUCCCUCCAUAGUUCCUUUCAGCCAAAAAGAUGCGAGAGUACAGUCAAAAUGGAAGGAAGGAGUAUUUGAGGCGCUUAUGGGCGUUCGUGGCCCAACUGGUAUCAUAAACAAGAAGAAGAAGACCAAAUCCAAGACAUUCAAUUUCUUCAGGGCCAAACCAGACGUGGAGAACUGUAAUGGGUGGAGCACUGCAGUGACUCACAAGGACCUUAAAGCUCUUAAGGGCUCUAACUUAGCUGCAUUCAUGGUGAACUUGGCCACGGGUUCUAUGAUGGGGCCUCAUUGGAACCCUAGGGCUACGGAGAUUGCUACGGUGAUACAAGGGCAAGGCAUGGUGCAAGUUAUAUGCCCCAGUGAUCCAUCAGGCAAGGUUGGUGAUGUCUCCAAAUGCCAAAACAAGAAGUUUAAGGUCCAAGAAGGGGACGUCUUUGUGGUGCCGAGGUUUCAUCCCAUGGCACAAGUUUCGUACAACAAUGACACACUCGUCUUUGUUGGAUUCAGCAGCAUGGCGGGUAAGAAUCAUCCUCAGUUCCUGGCAGGGAAGAGGUCGGUGCUGCGGAUGAUUGAUCGGGACGUAUUAGCAGCGUCCUUCAAUGCGCCAAAUGCCAGUGCUAUCGGUGACUUGUUAGUUUCUCAGGGUGAGUCGGUAAUGCUGGCAUGCACAUCGUGUGCAGAAGAGAUGGAAAGGAAAAUGACGGAGGAAAUUGAAAGACAGAAGCAAGAAGAAGAAAGGAAGAAGGAAGAGGAGGAGAGAAAGAAGGAAGAGGAGGAGGCCAAGAAGAGAGAGGAAGAAACCAGGAGGAGAGAAGAGGAAGAGGCAAAGAAGAGGGAAGAGGAGGAAGCUAAGAGAAGGGAGGAAGAGGCAGCCAAGAGGAGAGAGGAGGAAGAAGCUAGGAGAAGAGAAGAGGAAGAGGAGGCAGCCAAGAGGAGAGAGGAGGAAGAAGCCAGGAGGAGAGAAGAGGAAGAGGCAAAGAAGAGGGAGGGUGAAGAGGAAGCGAGGAGAAGGGAGGAAGAGGAAACUAAAAGGAGGGAGGAAGAGGAAGGUAGGAAGACGGAGGGUGAAGAGGAAGCUAGGAGGGAAGCAGAAGAAGCCAGGAGGAGGGAGGAAGAGGAAACCAAGAGGAGGGAGGAAGAGGAAGGUAGGAAGACGGAGGGUGAAGAGGAAGCGAGGAGGGAAGCAGAAGAAGCCAGGAGGAGGGAGGAAGAGGAGGAAGGUAGGAGGGAGGAGAGGAGGGAGGAAGAGGAAGCGAGGAGAAGGGAGGAAGAGGAGGAAGGUAGGAGACCGGAGGAAGAGGAGGCCAGGAGAAGGGAGGAGGAAGAAGCCGAAAGGAGAGAGCAAGAGGAGGCGGGAGGAAGAAGGGAGGAAGAGGAAGCAGCGAGAGAGGAGGAAACCAGAAGAGAGCAAGAGGAGGCGGCAGGGGGGGACGAGGAAGAAGCGAGAAGGACAGAGGAAGAGGAAGGAACAAGGAGAGAAGAAGAAGCGAGGAGACGGGAGGAACAAGAGCAGGCUCCCGAGAGAAGUUGAGAAGAAUUCACUGUGUGGACGGGGAACGAUGAAGAUAAGCAUGAGAACAGGCAAUAGAGUCGAAUCACGUGGCGCGGGACUUCAGGUUGACUGUGGAAUAAUACAUGGAGAGUAUAGGGUGUGGUGUGUCUGCAGCUUCUCCUAGUCUUUGAUGCAAAUAAGAAGCUCUCUCUCUCUCUGUUGGUGUAUGCUCUUCUUUCGUCUUUUGUAAUGUUUUUGUAGCACGCGAAGUUUCUUCUGUUGGACUCCGUUUACUUCGUGUGCUAAUACUGAACAUAGAUUUGCUUGUCGGUGGAUCGUAUCUCUUCAUUUCCAA